AUGGAUUCAAACUCUGUUAUUCUAUCAUCAACCAAUGGCGAUGAGGAGGAAGAGGAAGAAUGGAUUAUUUCAAAAUCUUGUAAAAAUAUACAUAAACAAAUUGGCACAAAAUUGGAUGAAGAAGAAUUGUUGGAUUUGAUUGAUACGGGCAGUUAUAUACAUUUAUCUUCUUCUUCAUCUUCAUAUACCACCACUGCUACAAACUCUACUAGCUCUCCAUCCUCGUCUUUUUCUUCUAAUUCCAGAAAAAGAUCAUUGUCAAUGAUUUCUGAUGAAGAAGUAGGUGAAUUAAGAGCAGUUGAUGAUGAUUAUGGUAAUGUUAGUAGCAGUAGUGAUGGGCAUUUUCAUUUUAACAAGAAAUCAUGUAAGGUGAAAAAAAUUGAUAAGAGUUUUACUUCAAUGAAAUGCAGAAAGCCAAAUAAAAAUAAAAAUAUUAUAAGAUGGACAAGUGGUAAUCAAGAAAUUGAUAUUUUAUUGCGAGAAAUUAAAAGUAUUAAAGGACAAAAUGAAAAUACCUUUUUAUGGAUUGAUUUUGAAAAAUUUAAAGAUAUAUGUGAAAUUGGUAAAGGUGGGUUUGCAACAGUUUACCGUGCAAUGUGGAUUAGAUCACUCAAGAUAUAUAUUAAGGCAUCAAUUCAGAUAUCAAGUUUAUUACCAAUAUAUGGAAUAACGCAAGAUUCAGUCACUAAAGAUUACAUGAUUGUGAUGAAGUAUAUGCCUCACGGUAAUCUCUAUCGAUUUAUGAAAACAAGACCAAAAAUAAUGACAUUAAAGGAAAAACAACAACUGAUUCAUGAAAUUAUUAGGUCUCUUCACAAACUGCAUUUUGCUAAUUUGAUUCAACAAAAUUUACACGGUGGGAAUAUUUUGAUAAAUUAUCAUGAACAAGACCCACCUAUAGAUGAUGGUUACAUUUAUAGUGUAGGAAUUAUAUUGUGGGAGAUAUUUUUAGAACAACUGGCAUUUUAUAAUAGAUCUCAUGAUUCAAGGUUACAAUUGGAAAUUUCAGAUGGUUUGCGACCUAAUGUUGUUGUUAAUGGUAUACCCAAAUGUUUUAUCGAGCUCAUGAAAAAAUGUUGGGAUAACUGUUCAAAAAAUCGUCCAACUAUUGAAGAAGUUUUAGCAAUGUUGGAUAGAUGGCAUUUAUUGCCUGAUGAUUCAGAUGAUUCUUCUCCCGGUGAAGGUAUUUGUUGA